CCGUAAAUGUAGUGAACUGAUACUGUGAAAAUGGCGGUGGCUGUGUCGCACAGUGGAGGCACCCAAUUAAGGUCUUUAGAAAAGGUACUAGAAGAUGCCCAAGUGUCGGGAAAACUUAAUCUAAAUGGAAGGAAUUUAAGGGACUAUCCAAAAAGUGCAGAAAAAUUCGAUUUGCUGGACACUGUGGAGAUCGAUCUGUCAAAAAACAAGCUUAGUGAGCUACCUUGUGAACUAUGUUCUUAUACAGCACUACAAAGAUUAUCCUGUUAUAACAAUGUUAUCAGAGUUGUACCAGAGGAUAUCAUCAAUCUUAUGUCUUUGUCAUAUCUCAAUUUAAGUCGUAACCAGCUCAGUGUCUUACCUAUGCAAAUAUGUGAUCUAUUCCUGGAAGUCUUAAUACUUAGCAACAACAAAUUAGUCUCGUUACCUCCAGAAAUCGGCAAGUUACGCACGUUAAUGCUGCUGGAUGCUUCCUGCAAUGAAUUAGACAAUUUACCGAAUGAGAUCGGGGAAAUGUCGGGACUCAAAGAGUUAAAUAUUAGGAGAAAUCACCUUGUCACAUUACCAGAUGAAAUCAGCAAGUUAAAACUGGUGAAGCUGGAUAUAUCAUGUAACAAGAUCCAGACGAUACCACCUUGCUUCAGGAGUAUGAAGACGUUAGACACCUUUGAAGUAGACCACAAUCCUCUCACCAACCCCCCAGCUCAGGUCUGUACACGAGGAAGAAUACAUAUAUUUAAAUACCUUUCAACGGAAGCCACGAGAGCGGAUAAAAGGAGAGGGAUGAUAGAACAAAGCGAUUGGAAUUCAUCGCGGCAUCCUUACAAUACAAAAUACCGCUGGUUCUCAGCAAAAAACACUUCUACCCUCUCGCUCCAAGAGCUACCCCCUUCCAAAUCUUCUCCCGAAACCUCCCCGACCACCCCGUCCUUCUCCACCUCAUCCUCUGCUUUCUCCUUCUCCACAUCCGAUCUUGCCCCACUCUCCUCUGAGCCAGUAUUCACCGGGAUUGACCUUAGCAUGCAGGAUGAGAUUUCACUCUUCAAUCAUAAGAUGAGGGAACUCAAGAUGGCUGACUCAGGUUACUUGGAAGGAGAUAAGAGGUGGUCCUCAUCAGAGCCAAGCAAUGAAGAUGAAGAAGCCAAGUACCUAGCCGAGAGGGCGUCCCAACAGAAAGAAAAGAGGCAGCAGCAGAAAUUCGCCCCUGAUCCCCCUCCCCGGAGCUUCAGACCGAGCGACAACCACAUCGACUACAUCGACGCAGGCGAGGACGACGACGGCGGGGUGACGCCGACCCAGAGCCCUGUCCAAACCCCGACGUCGGUCGAGCUAGACCCAUUUACGAAGGAUGAUGAGCUUAUUUUCUACGAGAUUCAAAAUCCAAACUUUUUUGAGGAGCUGGAAAGGCAGAAGGCUCUGUACGAGGAGAAGAAGAGAGUGGCGAGAGAAGAACGACUAAGGUUAGAAACGGAGGAGGAGCAACGGAAGAAGAACGGAGAGCAAACGCAUCUGAACAAUGAAAGACUUUCUGUGAACUCUCGAGAAACGACUGGUGUAAGAAGGCUAAGCAAUGAAAGUAGGUUACAAAAGCCAGGGGUCAUCAGCGGGAACGAGGAGAGAAGACUAAGUGCCAGUAAACUAGCCAACGGGUCAACGGCAGCCACCACUAACGGAAACAGCAGCAGUAUCAGUACUCGGAGAACCAUCUCGGCUUCAACGUCGGCGUCGAACAGCAUUGGAAGGCCGCGAUCCCUCUAUCUUGAUAAGAAGGUACCAAGAAGAGCCACUGUUGGAGGUACAGAUGAAAGUAAAAGAGCUUCAACAGGAGAUAGAUAUAGCAAUGUCAACCAUUCUGUGGCUAACGGCAGAGUGCGGAGAGGCGUGUCUGACUCAGAUGCAACCAUAACCAAUCAGGUAUCUCCCGAGAGACACAAGGCCCAGGUUACACGGAGGACAGAAAUUGAAGAGAAAUCAAGGACCAAACAGGCACAGAGGGAUGCAGUACUUAAUUAUUACAAGACGAGGACAUCACCAACCCCUGGGAGCAGAAGAGAAACGGAGGCUGCAAAUAAUUCCAAAAAUACACCCUCACCAAAUAGUAGUUCAUCCUUCUCAAAUAUUAAACCUAGAUCAGCAUUCAAUAUAGGAGGGGGCAAGCCCACAGGGGACAAUAUCCAAGCAAACUUCACAGCAAAGAGAGAAAGAACAAAAUGGGCGGAAGAGCUAGAAAGAAUUGAACAGCUAAGAAAGAAUAUUGAAUCCAGAUUGAAAGUGUCUUUACCAGAGGAUCUCUCGGAAGCUCUGAUGGACGGAGUUGUCUUGUGUCAUCUAGCUAAUAAUGUUAAAUCUCAUGCCAUUUCAAGCAUCCAUGUUCCCUCUGCUGCAGUGCCUAAGUUAACCCAAGCUAAGUGCAGAAGAAAUGUGGAUAACUUCCUAAAAGUGUGUGCUGCAGCUGGUGUCCCCACUGAGAAACUAUGUUCACCGGCCGAUAUUCUAGAGGGAAAGGGCCUACCCAAAGUCGCUACAACAGUCAGAACACUACUAUCGCAGUCAGCUGUCCACACAAAGCAAUGGGCAGUCUGAAAGUCGUAAACAUUGAUGAACUUUUUUUGUUGUUGUGAAGUGUGUGUGCUGGGAUCUGGCAAGGUUAAACUCUCCAAGAUGAUUACUGCUAGAAAGUGACAGUGUCACCCUGAGAGUGAGAAUACUUCUAUUGCAUCAGCUCUCUCUGCAACCAAGCUAUUGUCCGUCUGAAACGUGAAGAUAUCAAGGAUGUAGUCUCCGGCCAAUAUUGCGCAUUGGGAUGCAGCAAGUGUGAACUGUCCUACCAUGUAUAUUGCUAGAAGAUCUAGUUGUCCUGAAAGUAAGAACACUGCUAUUGCAUCAGCUCUCUCCGCAGCCAAGCUAUUGGCUGUCUGAAACAUGGAGAUAUUGAUGAUGUCGUCACCGGCCAAUGGUGCCAAUAGGGAUGCAGCAAGUGUGAACUGUCCUACCAUGUAUAUUGCUAGAAGAUCUAGUUGUCCUGAAAGUAAGAAUACUGCUAUUGCAUCAGCUCUCUCCACAGCCAAGCUAUUGGCCGUCUGAAACAUGGAGAUAUCAAGGAUGAUGUCGUCUCCGGCCAAUGGUGCGCAUUGGGAUGCAGCAAGUGUGAACUGUCCUACCAAGUAUAUUGCUAGAAGACAUAGUUGUCAUAAAAGUGAGAAUACUGCUAUUGCAUCAGCUCUCUCCGCAGCCAAGCUAUUGGCUGUCUGAAACAUGGAGAUAUUGAUGAUGUCGUCACCGGCCAAUGGUGCGCAUUGGGAUGCAGCAAGUGUGAACUGUCCUACCAUGUACAUGUAUACUACUUAAAAUAUUCAUGAUUUUUAUAUUUAUCAUUUUAAUGAUGAUAUUCUUCCAUUAUGGAACACUUGAAGCAUUGGUGAUGUUCAUCCAACACUUCAUACAAAUUACCCCAC